AUGGUCGACUACAUGAAGCUCGAGACGAAGACGGAGACAGUGCCGGGAUCCGCGUCACUGCUGUGGUCCGUCGGCUCUGACGAUUACAGCAGCGGGGGAGACAGUGAACAACAACAUACGAUGACGUAUCAGCAAGCGCAGCAACAGCUGCCAAGAUGCGAAGAGUUAUGCUCGCUCAUGAGGACCGUGACGCUCGGUACGGACAACGCACACCAGCGCAACAGCCGACAGGACCGCCAUCCGCAGUCACUGCUUCAACCGGCCGCUGGGCCUCCGAUGUCGCCCUUCGACAUGCGCGACCGGGAGAGCACGGAGCUCAAAGAAAAGAGGUUGGGAAGGGGAAUAGUGAAAGUAAAGUGCCGGCGGCGACAGUUGGACUAUAUCAAGUCGCUCUGGAAGACAGUGGGCUUGUGUGAUAUUGUGGACAUUCGGCUUCGACGUGCGCUGAACCGUCUACGUGACGACCCGCACCGGCUCGAUUGUUGUGCAGUGUGCAUGUCAAAAAUGACGCUAUAG